AUGCUGACCUUGCCAAGGUGGUCGGGCCUGAUGGCCAAGGUGAAGGUCAGAGGUGAUCUGGAGGCUUUAGGCGUGUCUGCACAAAGAGGGCCAAGGAGACGAGGAGGGUGGAGGCCGCGCUCUGCCCAGGUGAGACCCCAGUGCUCUCACUCCCCUCUUCUCUGCCACCUGGCUCCUUGGGCACCCCUUGCCUCUGGCUGUGGUACUGCUGACAACCUGACUUGCUACUGCCUUACCCAGCACAGUGAGCUUGUCCAGUCUGGGAAGUCCACGAGGACUAACAGUCCCUUUCCUGUGUUCAGCUCCUAUAACUGUGCCCCCUUAAUGCUUUUGGUGACAUUUCCCCCCUCACUCAUCUGCUCUUUCCCUGUUCACUCCUUCACUCAUUCAAAGCAUUAA